AUAAUAAUAAGAGGGGGAAAAAAAAAAGCAAGAAAGAAAGGAAAGAGGAAGAAGAGUGGAAGUUGCAAUCUCGCAAAUAGUGAGGAUAGGACAUUGGAGGCGGAAAAGAUUAUGCAAAAGCAGGGGAAGGGAGGUAGGCAAUCCAUGUAAAAACACUAGUUAAAAAUUUACUCCAGGACUUGCACUUUGGGAGGAGUAAAAGUAGUGUAUACUUUAUAUUUUUAUAGUAGAAAAAGGUAAAGAGAGGAUUAGCCGGAAGAAUGAGAGAUACAGUAGACUAGCAGCAGCAGCAAUUGCAAUUGAAUUGGUAAGGUAGCUUUAAUUUGUCACGGCAGGAGAGUGGACAGUGAGCAUCUGCUGCACGGCCACUCCACUUCCAGGCCGGGAUUGGUUAUAUACUUCAGCGGUGUAGGAGUCGAGUCGAGCUGAGCUGAAAUAGGUUUCGAAAGCCCAGAAAGAUGGGCAAUUGCGGCACUAGAGAAGAAUCUGCCGUGGUGGCUCAUGCUCAAGUUGAUCAGCUUCACAUGCUAACCUCAUUGCAAGCAGCGGCAGUAGCAGCAGGAUCCAAGAAGCAGCAUAGGUCUGUGUCAGAUCUGAGCGAUCCUUCAUCUACCCCUCGAUUAUUGGGCAUUGAAGAAGACUCUAGAAAGAAUGUCGGACUUUAUACAGAUGUUAUCGCUUUUACACUCUAUGAGUUGGAGACCAUUACUAAGAGCUUCCGUUCAGACUACAUCUUGGGAGAAGGCGGCUUCGGAACUGUUUACAAGGGUUACAUUGAUGAGAAUGUCCGUGUUGGCCUUAAAUCUCUCCCUGUUGCUGUCAAAGUUCUCAACAAAGAAGGUCUUCAGGGCCACCGGGAAUGGCUAACCGAAGUCAAUUUUCUUGGCCAGCUCCGUCAUCCUAAUCUUGUUAAGUUGAUUGGUUAUUGCUGCGAGGAUGACCAUCGCUUACUCGUCUACGAAUUCAUGUUUCGAGGAAGCCUUGAAAAUCACUUGUUUCGAAAGGCAGUUGCUCCCUUAUCGUGGUCUACAAGGAUGAUGAUUGCCCUUGGAGCAGCUAAAGGACUUGCCUUCCUUCACAAUGCUGAAAGGCCUGUUAUUUAUCGUGAUUUCAAGACAUCUAAUAUACUUCUAGACUCUGAUUACACGGCAAAGCUUUCUGAUUUUGGACUUGCAAAAGCUGGACCACAAGGUGAUGAGACCCAUGUAUCUACUCGUGUGAUGGGAACCUAUGGAUAUGCUGCCCCUGAAUAUGUGAUGACUGGUCAUCUCACAGCUAGAAGUGAUGUUUACAGCUUUGGAGUUGUACUCUUGGAGCUAUUGACAGGGAGAAGGUCGGUUGACAAGACCAGACCAAGUAAAGAGCAAAACUUGGUGGAUUGGGCACGACCAAAGCUCAAUGACAAGCGAAAGCUUCUGCAAAUAAUUGACCCGAGAUUGGAAAAUCAGUACUCAAUACGAGCGGCACAGAAAGCCUGCAGUUUGGCAUACUAUUGUCUGAGCCAAAACCCAAAGGCAAGACCCUUAAUGAGUGACGUAGUUGAGACUCUGGAACCUUUGCAAUGCAGUGGUGAUGCUGUGGGUGAAAUAUCAUCUGCAUCCUCAUCAUUACCGGUUUCAGCCUUCAGAAGUAAGCGUGCUGGUCAGUUCCCUAUGAGGGGAGUGCCAGAGUACCCAAUACGGCAAAGAUUUCCCAGCAAUGUUAGUGCUGCAGCUAGUUGUCGUUCCCCCAACCCUAACUGUUCUCCCAGUGGUCUUGCACCUUGCCGAGUGAGAUGACUAGAAUCUCUUUGUAUACUGCUCCUAGUUCCUACCUUACAUGCAACAUCUAAUAGCAAGUUAAUCAUGACUGGAAAUGCCUCUUAAUGUGAUGUAAAUGGUUUUGUUUUCCUUCCUAUCUAUUGUGCAAAUGGCCAUCUUUUCUUA